UCACAUCUGCCUUAUAUAUAUAACUGUAUACUUUUAAUAAUUCAAAUUUUGGUCACUACCUCCAUCAUUUUUAUCCUUCCCGAUUAACUUGAUGACAAUAUUAUUAUAUUACAUUUUAAUAAAACAAAAGUAUUGAAUCCAUCAAUGAAAUAUUUAAUUUUAAAAUUCAAAUCAUAGUAUUAAUAACAAACUUUAAUAUUAAAUUUUGAAAAAUAAAAAAAAUCCGAAGGAGCUAAAAAUGUUUGAAGGUACGCGAUUUACAUUUGAGUGCAAAUAAUUAAAGGAAAAAAUUGAUGAAAGAAGUUGUUUCCACCGAGGAGGAAGGAGUAAAGGUGGCAAGGCCCAUGAUCACCGAAAAGUGGUUGCAUUAUCUCUCGCCUUUCGGUUGAAAUGUCAGCUGCUAGGAAUUGCUAUUUACCAAUCACUAAUCUUUUUUAUGCGUGAAACGUAUCAAUCAAGACCCAUCGACCAUUCUCGUAGUAUCUUUUUCCUUAACUGCGUUGAUUUCGUGAGCACAAUGUCAUUCUUUUCUUUGGAUUGUCUUCAUUCGAAAAUAUAUAUCUUUUCAUGUCAGAAUUCAAAAACUUCCUGCACAUACCAAGACACUAUAUGAAUCUCAUAAAAGCAUAGCCACAAAAGUCAAAGUCACAUGUGAUGUACAAACAAUUUUACGCAAUGAGUGAUGCUUUUUGAUCUUAGAUGGAGCUGUUCUUUUAUCAUCAUUUUCUCUUCUUUUCUUUUUUUUUUUAAAUAUUUUUCCACGUCUAAUAGAAGUUCAAGACCUCUAUUAUAUGUUCCUAAUGGCUAAUUUGACAAUAAAAAUCUUGUUUUCUUAUAUCUCUCCAUCACUCCAAUUACAAGGUCACCAAAUUAAGAAAAAAAAACUAGUAUAAAUUUUUAUUUUGUGAAAAAAAAAACAGAUUGAACCUUUCUAAUCCUUGAUAAAACAGAUUAACCUUGGACCUUUUCAAUUUUUUAUGAUGAGAUUGUAGACUUUUCCAGGGAAGUUGAUUACCCAAGGCUGAAUUAUAUAAUUUAUCACUCGUGUCCCAAAAUUAGCCCCUUUUUGCCUAUGCAAAUGGGUAUAUGUAUAAAUUUUUGAAAACAAGCCCUUUGAGAAAGAUUUUGAAUGAAUAUACUGAAUGCACUUUGAGAAAUAUGUCUGCGGGGGUCCAAAAAAAGAUCAACGCUGCCGCAGAAGCAGCAUAUAAUACGUUGAAAAUAGACAAAGCCCACGCUUUGUCAAUCUCCUUCAUGCCGAACAACCCAAGAAAUGAUGCUUCUUGUGCUCUAUUUUCAAACUAAUCUAGAAAUGUAUAGAGAAAACGAGAUGAUCACGACCCUCCUUUUAUUAUUCCAUGAGCCGAAUAUGUUUCACUAAAUACUAGGAAACAUUAUCGUAUGUGUGUAAAUAUAUAUAUAUAUAUAUAGCCUCAUGCUUGAUGGAUUAUCUAGUGAGGAACACACUGACAAAAUGCAUAAACACCAGCAUUUGUUACCGAUUUUUGUUUCUCUUUGUGCAGCUUUUGCCUUGAUAGAUGAAGUUGAUGGCGAGUAUUUGAUUGGAGUCGGGAGCUACGAUAUGACGGGUCCUGCCGCUGGGGUUAACAUGAUGGGCUAUGCUAACAUAGAUCAGAAUACGGCCGGAAUCCAUUUCCGACUACGAGCAAGAACUUUCAUUGUUGCUGAAAGUUCUCAAGGUGCAAGGUUUGCUUUUGUUAAUCUUGAUGCAGGCAUGGCAUCGCAGCUUGUCACUAUAAAAGUGCUUCAGAGACUCAAAACAAGGUUAGGAGAUUUGUAUACACAAGAAAAUUUGGCGAUCAGUGGCACGCAUACACAUGCUGGGCCUGCUGGUUACUUGCAGUACGUGGUUUACUCUGUUACUUCACUAGGGUUUAUCAACCAAACGUUCGAUGCGAUUGUCACGGCGAUCGAGCAAAGCAUUAUUCAGGCUCACAACAACCUAAAACCUGGCUCAAUCUUCCUGAACACCGGGGAUGUGGAAAAUGCGGGAAUAAAUAGGAGCCCAAGUGCGUACCUGUUCAACCCUCCAGAAGAAAGGGCUAGAUACACCACCAACGUUGAUACAACAAUGACCCUGUUGAAGCUUUUGGAUAGUGCAAGCAAUAGGAGCAUAGGUGCAUUCUCCUGGUUUGCCACGCAUGGAACGUCCAUGAGCCGAGAAAACAGGCUCAUCAGUGGAGACAACAAGGGCGCCGCUGCCAGGUUUUUGGAAGACUGGUUCACUUUUAGCAACAAUUCCCUCUCUACUCGAAACACCAAGUUUUCUACCAUUCAAAGUAAGCAUAUCUCCGAUUGCCCUCAUUAUUUUUGUUUAAAUUCAGAUAACGAUAAAAAAAGAGAACAUUCCAUGCACUGUGUGAUAGACAUCAAAGACAUCAGCACACUAAGAAACAAAGCUCAAAAGAUUAAGGCCACGGGAGGAAAACCCUGUGGGAAAACAACCAGCCAAGGCUUCAAGGUGAGGAAAAACGAUGGGUCCAGCUUUGUGGGGGCUUUCUGCCAAUCAAAUGUUGGAGAUGUGACCCCAAAUGUGCUAGGAGCAUUUUGCACAGACACGGGCAAGCCUUGUGAUUUCAAUCACUCGUCUUGUAAUGGCAAUGACCAGCUUUGCGUGGGGCGUGGCCCAGGAUACCCAAAUGAAAUAUUGAGCACAAAGAUCAUAGGAGAGAGGCAAUUCGAAAAGGCCGUGGAGCUAUUCAGUUCUGCUACUAAUCCUUUGAGUGGAAAAAUUGAUUACCGCCACGCGUAUAUAAAUUUCACUAGCAUUGAAGUGCAAUUGAAUGAAAGUACCGUGGUAAAGACUUGUCCAGCAGCUGUUGGCGCGGGUUUUGCUGCUGGAACUACAGAUGGGCCCGGAGUGUUCGGUUUUCAACAAGGAGACACCGAGAUAAACGAGAUGUGGAAACGAUUAAGGGACUUGUUGAAAGAGCCUAGCCAGUAUCAGGUAGAUUGCCAAAAACCCAAGCCCGUUUUGCUUAGCACUGGCGAAAUGUUUGUCCCCUAUGCUUGGGCGCCCGCUAUACUCCCAAUUCAAAUUCUGCGGUUGGGGAAUUUUGUUAUCUUAUCUGUGCCUGGAGAGUUCACGACAAUGGCUGGUCGGCGGCUGAGGGAAGCAGUUAAAGAGACAUUGAUAAAUAAUGGGAAUGGAGAAUUUGAUAACGAGACACAUGUUGUAAUAGCAGGGCUCACAAACACUUAUUCUCAGUAUAUAGCAACUUUUGAGGAGUACAAGCAGCAGCGAUACGAGGCUGCUUCAACACUAUAUGGUCCUCAUACAUUAUCAGCUUACAUCCAAGAGUUUAAGAAACUUGCAAAAGCAAUGGCUACAGGAGAACAACUCGGUGGAACCGGCUUGUCACCGCCGGAUCUUUCCUCUGUUCAACUCAGCCUCUUACAAGAUCCUCUAGGAGACUCACCGCCCCCUGGCAAAAGAUUUGGAGACAUGCAGCAAGAUGUUGCUCAACCAAAAGGCGGAUCAUUCAAGAAGGGAGAUAAACCGAGUGCUACGUUUUGCAGCGCUAAUCCAAGGUAUGACCUGCUGAUAGAAGGCACAUUUGCAGUAGUAGAGAUGCUUCAAGGCGAGAGGUGGGUUCCAGUGUACGACGAUGACGAUUUUUGCUUGUAUUUCAAGUGGAAUGUAACAGUUGAUAACGGUAGUUUGUAUGGUCUGGCAACCAUUGAAUGGGAAGUGCCAGAGGAUGCUACUUCCGGGGUUUAUCGGCUCAGGCACUUUGGAUCGUCUAAGAAAACGAAGGACUAUCCAAAUGAGUACUUUACAGGCGCAUCCAGUGCAUUCACGGUGUCAUGAACACCUCAGUGUACUCUGCAUCUUGUUUAGCACAAAAUAAGGCAAAGUUGUCCGCUGACAAAGUUUUCUAGAUUUGAAAUCCAGACAACUCUGGUUUAUUGAAAUUGAACAUUUUAGAUGGAAAAAUAUUAAAUAAUUUUACAUCCAAGUUGAUUUUAGAUGU